CUCUUAACACCAACCAACUCAAUCUUCAACACAUACACAUGUUUACAACUAACAACUCUUCCAAUUCACCACCUUCCUCAGUACCUUCAUCUUCCUAUGAAGGCUCUCAUGGGAGGUUAGUAUCCAAGAUUUACGUUAUUUAAUAAACUGUUAAUUUUGAUGUGUCUCAUUAACAUAUCAAAUGAUUUUCAAUUUUUCUAAAUUUUUUUAUGGAUAAUCUAUAUGAUCUAAACUUUUAAUCCAACGAUGAAUUUUGUAAAAUUCGUAUUCGUUAUAAUGUUAUUCGUGACUGAUCUACCAUGAACCAUUCGAUGAAGUGGUCCAUAUUAGAAUUUAUCUGCUUAGUGUCUUAGAAGAUAGGAGGAGUACUAUAUUAUGAUAACAUUAUUACACUUUUUGACCUGGAUGUAGGGUCCCUCUCCACUUUUUCUCUUUUUGUCUCUUAAUCACUUUCUCUACCUAUCACAAAAUUCAUAACCAAUCAGAAAGCAGAAAGCCUCCAACUAGGAAAACCAACUGGCUCAAUACUAUUCUAAAAUAAAAUAUCUAACUCACUCACUCACACAACACACACACUCACACUUUCACUGUACCUUUUUCUUCAAUCUCAACCAUGUUUUUUCUAUAUAUAACACACCAUACUCUUGACUCUCUUAACACCAACCAACUCAAUCUUCAACACAUACACAUGUUUACAACUAACAACUCUUCCAAUUCACCCCCUUCCUCAGUACCUUCAUCUUCCUAUGAAGGCUCUCAUGGGAUGUUAGUAUCCAACGAGGAGAUGCGUCUAGCAGAGAGUUGUCCAAAGAAGCGUGCAGGGAGGAAAAAGUUCAAGGAAACUCGCCAUCCGGUGUAUAGGGGUGUGAGGAAGAGGAACUUAGAUAAAUGGGUGUGUGAAAUGAGGGAGCCUAACAAGAAGACUAAGAUUUGGCUAGGCACUUUUCCAACUGCCGAGAUGGCAGCCCGGGCCCACGAUGUUGCUGCACUGGCAUUGAGGGGCCGUUACGCCUGUCUCAACUUUGCAGACUCUGUUUGGAAGCUCCCUAAACCUGCCACCACUCAAACAAAAGAUAUACAAAAGGCUGCUGCACAAGCCGCUGAAGCAUUCAGACCAGACCAAAAUUUAAUGACUAGUGAUGUUAUCACGGCUGAAGCUUCGGCCACUGCAGAGGAGCAGAGUAUGAUUUGUAUGGAAGAGGGGGAAGAGGAAGUGAUGAGCAUGCCUGAGUUGUUGAGGAAUAUGGUGCUAAUGUCCCCUACACAUAGCUUUGAGUAUCAAGAGUAUGAAGAUAUGGAUGUAGAAGACUUUCAAGAUGAAGAGGAUUUUAAAAAAAGGUCCGUAACCAUGACUUGGGUUGCGACAUCAAAGUUUUUAUGUCUCUGCAACCGCAACAGUACCAUGAUUGGAGUCCAUUAGUCGCAUUUUUCUGCAAUAUCAAAGAUUACGAUCAUUACCGCGACUGCAGACACUGUUCUUUUGUGCCUGGUAUCUUUGUUUUAAUUCUUGGCGGGAAUGGUGCAAAGAGGUAAAAUGGUCAUUCUAUAACCAACAGCAGUCAAGCUGACUUAAUAGACAAAUUAACAGGAAAAAAAAAAGGCAAAACUUGCAACACUUCAUGGCAUCUAGCAUAAGUAAAGCACCUCCCAAAAGGCUACUAUUCUAACUAUAAUCAAUCUAUUGAAUUAAAAUCUUACAUAUCAAGUGAUCAACUAACUGACUCAGCAAACUAUUCUAACAAAGUAACUUGUUUAAUUCAAAAAGGCUACUCUUCUAACUAUAAUCAAUCUAUUGAAUUAAAAUCUUACAUAUCAAGUGAUCAACUAACUGACUCAGCAAACUAUUCUAACAAAGUAACUUGUUUAAUUCAACUUCAACUAUAUUCUAACUAUUAUUAUAAUAAUAAAACCCCUGAAUACAACAUGAAGCUUACUUGGCAAUCCUUGCUUCGAAGAUGUAUAUCACGUUCUUGAUAAGGUUUCCAGAUAAAAUUCAUGAAAGCAAGUUCCUGCCAAUAAUACAAGAAAAUGAAUGAAGUAAACAAUUGUCACCAACCAAAAGGGAAUGGAACUUAAAUUUUUGUGAAAUCAUUCAAAGAUAAUGCUGUCAAUCUUUGAUCACGGAAAAUAGUGGUUUGUUUAAAUUCUGCUAUAGCUGCUAUAGCUGCAAUUUGACAAAACUUCAUACUAUAUAUGGCUGAACAAUAGCGAUUUGUCAAAAUUCUGCUAUGCUAUGGCGUUGCUACAACAUCUGGUUGAAAACAUUGCUCCUUUCAUGCAUUCCAAAUGAGCUGUGAAAAAUUUAAGGGGAUUAUGAAUGUUAAUUUAAGACAUGAAUUACGAGUCGGACCUAUUUUCAAAUCGACCGAGCUCCCCUUGCAUGCAAUGAUGUGAUGGUGAACCUCUUAUUCUAAUUCAGUGCUCUCUGAACCGUGCGGGAAGGUUUACCAUCACACGGCUCACUAACUUGAUCUUCGGCGGGAACCGUAUGCCCGAACAGGCCUGGAAAAAGAGGUACUGACUCCCUCUCCUUCUACAAUCUUAACUCGUUGCAUAUAAUUCUUCGAUGACAUGAUGACCAGAAUGAUCAUAAGUGCCAAACCUCCAUUGCGACAUUCAAUUGUGGGCAGUUAAAUUCACAAACUUUGACAUGAGACCCUGUGACAAGAUGACCACACAACAGACAAUAAAAAAAGGUUCCCUCUAAAGACAUCGGAUGAUUGUAAAGAAAAAUGAAGAAAUUAAUAGCUUAGACAGUCAAUGACUGAUUGGUGCACAUUUUUCAAACUCAGUUCAUAAUGACAGGAAUCAUAUAACUCAUUUAAAUUCUAUAGAUGGGAUAACAUUUAAGACAGUGAAACAAAGAAGGGAGCUACAUACAAGAAACCUCACACCAAAUAAAGCCAAUGAAUCAACAACCUUCAGAUAAAUCAGUUUUGUCUGCUAGAGUAUUUUGGGAAAUGAACAAUAUGCAAAACAGGGGAGUUUAUUACCUGUUUAUAUAUUUUUUAAAACUUCAAGAGAAAAUAUGAACCAAAAAUAAAUAGGUUCUUCAUUUUAUUAAACACACCUUGAGAUUAUGUUUUAUAUGAACCAUCUUAAGCUUCUAAUAGCAUUCCCUUUUUUACGCAAGGUAUCAAUUAAAACAGUGAAGAUAUAAAUAUGUACAUGUAUACCCUCCUUAACGAUAAAAAGAAUGUAAAGAAAGAUAUUCCCGAUUAUGGUUCUAGACAAUGGUUGUGUGACUCAUCUUGAAACCCAAACAUGGCAACCACAUGAAAACCAAAGCAAAAAAAGCAUCCCAUCAAGAGAAUCUUCCACGCCAGUUAGAAAACUGGAGGAUAAGAAAUUCCUAAUACAAACAAUCUUAAAACACAAUCCUAGAAUAUCCUAAAUAGAUGGGAAAACAAGGUAGUAAGCAUCCCCUCAAGUGGAAAAGUUACAAUACACUAGGUAAGUUUUCGAUCUACUUGACCGCCACAAAAGUCAUUUCACCGCCACCUGUGAAGCACUGACACUCAUCAGAUUAGGCGUCUCCCAAUAUCGGACACAUGUCGAUAUCGGGCCGGGAUCCUCUCCAGUAAGGAUUUCACUGCAAGGGUCCAGUGUGUAUUUUAUCCUCACCAUUCAAUGUUUUUUUUUAUUACAUAACCAACUACAAAAAAAUAAUGUGUGGUUGAGAUUAAAUUGUAGACACUUUUCAUGGAAGAGGAUCCACACCUGUCAAUAUCUGACACCGACACAUAUGAUUACAUUGAAUUAUGUCAGUUACUCUAAUUAUUAUCGGUGCCGGUGUGUCAAUGUAUGUGUCCACUGUUUCCGUGCUUCAUGUAUUGCCAAAGCUAGCAUUUAAUCUAAGCUGGUUAUCGAAGCCGCAAUUUAACACACCGCAGAUUUUGAAUUUGGAGCAAUUUGGCAUAACCGCGGCAGAUUAACAGCUACCAGCUGCUCUUUUCUUCAAGUGUGUGGAUCCAAAACCAUGAGCACCCUAAUUGCCAUGAAUAGCCGCUCCUUCUAUUUACCCUAAUUUCAAAUUUAUUCAUUGAUAUGAAUAUAUGUAAUUUCAUCAUAAAUCUUCUAUUAGAUUGUUAAUUUUCUUCA